AUGGCGUCUACGGGUUCUCGCAAGAGAGUAAAGCCUAGCCCGCCAGGCCCAGAUUCUGAAUCAACUAUCUCUUCCCCAAACCAACGGUCCAGCACACAGAGGAGCCUGUGGUACCCAACUAGUGUUUGGCCUUCAAAAGCGGCCCCUGUUACCGAGGUUGCCCGUGAGAGCAUUUCGAUGACCAAGCCCAGCCCAUCCAACUUCGCUACUGUAUCUACUCUAAAACUAGAUUCCCCCAAGCAACAACGACAUCCUUCCCUCCAACUCACGAAAAGAGCGGGCGCAUCAUCGAGAUCACUGCCCGCUGACGCUACAACAACCUGCAUCAAUAUUGCUUCCGAUGGUUCCACGUCAACCCCCGCAGUGGACCCUCAACCGGACCCUGCUCCUACACCAGGGGAGACCGAUGAUAAAGAGAUACCCCAGGACAGCGGUGCGGUAGAAACGCAGAAUUCGGUGGAUCCGCAGCCGAUUGCGACUGGCGAGUUUGCGGACUCUGACACCAAGCCAUCUACAGUGGAAACUCAACAACCUAGUGGAUGGUUUUCAUGGGUUUACGCACCGUUCACGAGCGAUAAGGCUGUAUCAAGCGAACCAGUUGCGAAUUCAGAACCAAAUCAGCCGCCGGAAACGGGGACACUUGCGGUAGAGCGGCCAUCGGAGCACGUCGACUCGCCCAGAUCGCCGGAACCCGUCCCCGAUCAGCAAGACAAGCCUUCAUUGGUAACGGAAGUUUGCUCGACAUCUCAGAAACGGUCUUGGCUUGAGAUGUGGUACGGAUCAUCCUCGUCUAAAGGGCCCGAGCCCAAGGAUGAGCAACCCUCAAACGCAGAGGAGCAAGCUCCGCCCGCUUCUUCCACCGAUGCCGCGCACUCUAAUGCAAGCGAGGACAAUGAAGUACCAACGUUGAGCGAUAUCCCUACCAACACGGGCCCAAGCACCAAACCGUCUGCUUGGUCUUUUUGGUAUAGAGACUCGCCCAAAGAUGCUACAGAAGGUGGUGGAGAGCAGAAUGCCCAAGCUGCCCAAGCCACUGUAACUGAGGACUCUCCCAGUGAGCAGCGUCCAAUUGGCCCGGUAAACAGGCCAGAGCGAAAAACAGAAGUCAUCAACAAAGGAAGCGUGAAGAUAAAAGCCCCUCCUAGCGGUUCAUCAGUGCCAGAUACUGCCGUAACAAAACUCGCAGAUGGCCCUGAGGCUCCACCUCCAGCUGCAGUGGAAGCCACUGCUUCAAAACAACUCCAGAAGAUCAUUCCCAACCAAGUCCUUCCUCGGUUCGAAGAUACUUUUGCUCUACAAGACCGUCCCACAUUACUCCAGUCGAUUGGUCGAUUUUUGCACUAUACCAAGGAUCCCGGCAAUCAGCAUGUCUACAGGGUGCCCUGUACUCAACGUAUCAAGAAAGCGCUGGCAAUAGGAGUCCAUGGCUACUUUCCUGCUCCGCUAAUACGGACAGUGCUUGGUCAACCAACUGGUACCUCAAUCAGAUUCUCGAAUAUGGCUGCGGAAGCCAUCCAUAAAUACACUGGGGAUCACGGAUAUACCUGCGAGAUUGAGAAGAUAGCCCUGGAAGGCGAAGGACGUAUCGCAGAGCGUGUGGACUUGCUUUGGAAACUGCUCCUCAACUGGAUGGAAGAAAUCCGCCAGGCCGAUUUUAUACUGCUUGCAUGCCACAGCCAAGGCGUACCAGUCGGUGUCAUGCUAGUCGCCAAACUGAUAGCCUUCGGCUGUAUCAACGCCAACCGAGUCGGAAUAUGCGCAAUGGCUGGAGUGAAUCUUGGACCUUUCUCUGAUUACAGAUCUCGAUGGAUCAGUGGCUCUGCUGGUGAACUGUUUGAAUUCGCCUUGCCCUAUAGCCAGGUCUCAAAGGAUUACGAGUCCGCUUUAAGGACAUGCAUAGAUUUUGGAGUACGCAUCUCAUAUAUCGGAAGCAUCGAUGAUCAGCUCGUUUCUUUAGAGUCGUCCUUGUUCUCUCCUGUAUCACAUCCUUAUAUCUACCGAGCCGUCUUCGUUGAUGGCAGAGUACACGCACCGAGUUUCGUCUCGCAUCUAGUUGGAUUCGCACUCAAGCUCCGGAACCUCGGUGUUUCAGAUCAUGGCCUCAUUCGAGAAUUAAGUUCUCCAUUAGCCGGGAGUCUCUACACGGGAGAUGGCCACUCACGACUUUACGACGACGAUUCUGUGUACCGCCUCGCCAUCGAAUUCGCCCUCGAAACAUCUGCCGUCUCCAAUGUCCCCCUUGAUUUAAAACGAAUCCAUCCACCUCCACCAGCUAACCCAUACAUCCUCCCUUUCGCAAUGCGCGGCCUCUUAGAAGAAGAACACGUGCGGCGCAAACUAUACGAUGAGACCAUAGAGCUCUUGAAACAGUUCGACGACUGGAAACCAACGAGCAAAGUCCUCAAGGACGUGAAAUUCCGAUUAGAAGGCAUACGUUCGAAGCUUUGA